CCAUAAGAAAAUGCCAAGAAAAAUUUUUCAUUUGAUAGCCGACAUCGUCGAUGGGCCAGCUUCCACCUUAACCAUAGGUUAGUCGCAUGGCGGACGCUGGCUUGACAACACGUACGGCACGGAAGUUCCCGAGUACGACCGACAGAUUGCGAAAGCCUUCAGAAACAACAACCGUCGGCCACAAAUUCCCAACGGUUGACGUACGAAGGGACAUCGAUCUUUCUUCUUUUUUUUCUCUUCGCUCUGGAAUUAAGCUUCCUAAAGGAAGAUCUGUGUGCUGUGAUUUAUCACUCAGGGGGCCGAAACACGCGCAACAACGGACAACCCCACAGGACAGGGGGGUGCUUCUCGUGUCUCGGGAGGAAGGGACGAUAUUCGCUCCCUAUCCACUGAGCAACGCUGGAUCCCUCCUUCAACUGUUAGACGCGAUGCACUCACCCCAGAAAGCAGAAAUGAUCUCAUCUUUAGAAAGGUUCGGGGUAUUCUUAAUAAGCUUACGCCGGAAAAGUUCGCAAAGCUGAGCAACGACCUGCUCAACGUUGAGCUCAAUUCUGAUGUGAUUCUCAAAGGUGUCAUUUUCUUGAUCUUUGAAAAAGCGCUUGAUGAACCCAAGUACAGUUCUAUGUACGCACAGCUGUGCAAACGGCUGUCUGACGAAGCUGCAAACUUUGAACCUCGAAAAGCUCUCAUCGAAAGUCAAAGAAGCCAAAGUACAUUCACAGUUCUCCUCCUUAAUAAGUGCAAAGACGAAUUUGAGAAUCGUUCAAAAGCAAGCGAAGCAUUCGAGAGUCAGGAUGAACUCGGCCCGGAGGAAGAGGAACGCCGGCAGGUGGCCAAGCGAAAGAUGCUUGGCAACAUUAAAUUCAUCGGAGAACUGGGCAAACUUGGAAUCGUAUCGGACUCAAUUUUACAUCGCUGCAUCCAGCAACUACUGGAGAAGAAAAGGCGCGGGGGAUCCAGGGGGGACACCGCUGAGGAUAUCGAGUGCCUCUGCCAGAUCAUGCGUACCUGCGGCCGUAUCCUUGACACGGAUAAAGGUCGCGCACUCAUGGAUCAAUAUUUUAGACGUAUGAAGUCACUGGCAGAGAGCAGCGAUCUUCCUCUACGCAUCAAGUUUAUGCUGCGUGAUGUCAUUGAACUACGCCGUGAUGGCUGGGUACCACGCAAAGCUACUAGCACCGAAGGUCCAAUGCCUAUCAAUCAGAUCCGCAGUGAUAACGAUGAGUCUUCGAGGGGUAAUGGCUUCCAUAGACGAGAGGAUCGCCUCGGAGCUGAGUUUUUAAGGAAGAUGGGACGUGGCGGAUUAGACAUGGACAUGAUCGGAAGUAUUCCACUGACUUCCCCGUCGUUUGGCAUGCCAUCUCCAUUCAGCCCAAAUGGAUUCUCAGGAACAUCCGGGGUUGGUUAUGGCCGCCACAAUCAACGUAACCAACCGGGUUACUAUCAGAACCAGAAUCGUCACCAAAAUAACUAUCAAGGGAAACAUAAUCAACAGCAACAUAACUCGCCGCAAAACUUUAAUAACAGUAGCAAUAAAGAACAAUUACGCUUCAAUAAGAACAAGAUGUUGAUCGGACACCCAGAAGAAGUGUCACUUAGACCGUCAGCUAAUUCUAUGAUGUUUAAACAGACUAACAUCAAUCCCAAUCUACCUCUGAACAGUGAUCUGUUCCCAGGACGAGCAUCAGAAUUACCUCUCUUACGUACCACUACACUGAAGCCCAGUUCACCGUUAUUGCACAAGGAAUUGCCGCCAGCAAUUGUAAUAAAACAAGGUCCGGUAGACAAACGGGAGAAGGCUAGGGACAGAAAGGACAAAGGGAUUUCCAGGGAGGAGAUACUGAAGAAGGUGAACGCGCUGAUGGACGACCUUGCGACACACACGAAUACACAAGAUGCAGUAGCAGCUUUCCAAGAUCUUAAGAUACCCGAACGAUUUUUACGUCAUGCCGUUUACACGUUGUAUUCCAAUACACUGGACCGCGGUGAUUCCGAGCGCGAGCUCGCCGCGAAGCUCGUCGUCGAUUUGGAGAAGGCGGAAGCGAUCGCUGUGCAACAGAUACACGAGGGGUGGAAGGAACUAGUGUCCAAUAUACCAGAAAAAGAGAGUACCGUGCCUUGUGUAGCGUCACACGUAGCCUAUUUGACAGCCAGGGCUAUCGUCGAUAAUUUAAUUCAGUUGACCGACCUUGUCGCCGUCACGGAGAACGGCCAGCACCACCCAUUGUUUUUACUCACUCUUCAGCAGCUGCAUAAAAGCCAAGGCAAAGCGAGGCUCACGCAGAUCUUCAACGAGAGCAAGGUGAAUCUUAUUAGCCAACUACCGGAGGCGGACAAGACGAAGGAGAGAUUGGCGGAAAUUCUAGAAGACAGAGAGCUGACCUUCCUUUAUCCGCUUCUCAAGAUCCAGGGAGACAUCUGGCGUCAAUUAGAGUACGACCCGAACCCCAAUACUCUAUACAAAUGGAUCAAGGAAAAGCUAGAACCCUCGCAUCAUACUGAUUCAGAGUUCAUUAAUGCUUUGAUGAACGUUCUUCUCAAAUACAUUACACAGGNAACAAUAUUGGCACCUGGCGUUGAUCCAUCUAACGUAGGCAAAGCAGUGAUAGAUAAGGAAAAGGCAUUACUGGAUAAAUACGCACGCUUGAUGCGCUCGCUCUUUGUCGAUAUAGAGUCUCAAACGACAGCUCUCCAUGCGCUUCAAGCAUUUUGGUUCUCGCACAAUUUUCCAAAAGGGAUGCUACUGCGAUGGUUCGACGGACUUUACCGACUAGAGGUGAUCGAGGAGGAUGCCUACUUCAAGUGGAAGGAGUGCGUCACCGACGCUUACCCAGGCAAAGGCAAAGCAUUAUUUGAGGUGAACGGUUGGUUGACGUGGCUAGAUACCGCGUCCACAGAGGAGGAAAGCGAUGAUCAUAAUGACGAUGACGACAACAACAAAAACUACCGAAUGCAAAAGCUCUGAGAAGGGAAUUACGCUGUUCAGGCUACUACCUAUAAUUUGGAAUAGGGUUUUACUAUUUAUAUUUAUAUAUAUGUAUAUGUAUAUAUAUAUGUGUAUAUAUACAUGUAUAUAUACACGUGCAUAAAUACAUACAGCCACACAUACAUUUACACAUACAUACAAACACGUGCGUGCAUACAUAUACAUAUAUACAUAUAUAUACAUAUAUAAAUAAUAUUACUGGACCAGGCGGUUUCAGUUUACUAAUUGAGUUGUCUCUCCAUCCAAUGCCACACAAACGUCUUGUUAGUCUGUGUCAAACCCUCGCGCAAACAAUGAGAAGAGGAGAGGAAGGGAGAUAGAUUGAUGAUGAUGAGGAGGAGGAAGUGGAGGAGGAGAAGGAGGAGAGGACUAAUUAACGAUCGAAUUGUCCGACAGAGAGAAGAGAAGAGCUGGGGAAUUAAUAUUAGAUAUGAUUUUGUUCGCAGCCAAUCGAGUGGUUUGCAACAGACAUUUAAUCGAAGCAAGAAGUUUUAGAAUGUUUUUAGAUAAUUGAAUAUUCAAUAUGAUUUACAAUCAUAUCGGGCCAGCAGAUAUCAGCAUAUAUAAAUGAUUCACACACAUACACACAAACACACGUGCAUACACAUUUCAGACGUGCGUGCGAGCGUACGCCGCUGUAAUCGACGUCGGUGGAAAAAAGAAAAGAAAGAACGAAAAAAAAGAAAGAAAGAAAGAAGGAAAGAAAGAAACGGAGAAAAACAAAAUGAAUUUAGUCUGGUGAUUUGUGUUGUCAAAGUUUUUGUCUAGUAUUGUGCAUGUGUCACGUUUUUUGUACGUCUUUUUGUCCGCGGCACCGCAGUGAGUCGCUUGUUAUCUCUGUGUACCAGCUUUUACAUUUAUUAUGAAGAAUUAUUAUUAUUAUUAUUAUUAUCUAUUAUCUAUUAUUAUUAUUAUUAACUAUUAUUAUUAAUAAUAUUAUUAUUAUUACUAUUA